AUGAAACGAUGUGUCGCAUUGGAGAAGACGUUUCCAGCGCCUACCGAGCCGUCAAUCACCCCUCAACAGAUUGCUAAUAUGGAAGCAAUGUUGGUGACGCUAGAAAACUUGAUCACCGUCCACUUCUCCACGAGCGAAUCGUCCCCCACCGACAAGGUAACUCCACGGCGGCGACGAGCGACGUCGUGUCGACCGCAAUGUGUGUGUUCGAAGCUCAAAACGAGCUACGCCUAA